AUGGCACAACAAUUUCACUCGAUGCUAGAACAUAUAUUUGGACAGAGUGGUAACGAUCAACUGAGCGAGCCCAUUUAUGGGUUGUCAUUGACAUUACCGGACGAAAAGCUGCUCAUGAAAUCGAUGAACAAUACACAGACGUUAUUUCCACGAUUAAAUUGCAUUCAUCAUGAAUUUGUUCAUCAAAUGAUAAAGUAUCCUCAAAAAUUAGCAAUUGAGCUUGAUGACCAAUCUCUAACAUAUUCAGAGUUCUACUAUUAUGUGCAGAUGCUAUCGUUGAAUCUGUUGAAUAAACAUGAAGUGAAGUCAGGCGAAAUUAUUUGUCAGUGUGUUGAACGAAGUUUAUCAAUGGUGAUUGGUAUAAUGUCAAUUGAAAUGAUCGGCGCUGUUUAUUGUCCAUUAUCACCGCGAGAUCCACAACAUCGUCUACACGCACUUUUGCAACAAACUCACAGUCGUCUUGUCCUUGUUCAUUCUUUGACAAAAACGAAUUUCAAUGGCAGUAUUCUUCUAUUUGACAUUGAUUUGAUAUUAACGAACAGCAAUAUAACCGAAGAAAUGAGUUUUCAUCAAUUAUCAAGUGUAGAAGUUACGCCAGAUAGUAUAGCUUACAUCAUCUUCACGAGUGGUUCAACUGGAAUUCCAAAAGCGGUUCAAGUUCGACAUAGAAAUUUUGCUGAAUGUAUGAAUUCUUUGAUUUAUAUAAAUACAUUUACUAAAAAUGAUAUAAUGAUACAAAUGGCACGUUGUUCAUUCGAUAUUCAUGUUCAAGAAACACUUGGCUCUUUAAUGAUUGGAGCCACAUUAAUCAUACUUCAUCCAGGGGGAACUGUUGACUUUGAUUAUUUGUCAGAAGUUUUAGACAAAAAGGAAAUUACCUAUAUGCAUACUGUACCGAGUCUACUGUAUAGUUUUUUCAGUUUUCUUCAAAACUGUAAUAAUCUAUACACUUUGAGGCAUCUCCGGUCACUUUGUAGUAUCGGAGAACCUUUUUCGAUUCAAUUAAAUAGUUUAAUAGCAAGUAUUGAUAUCCCAAAGUGUUCUGUCUGGAAUUUAUAUGGUCCUGCUGAAACAACAAUUGCUUCUACAUUUCAUCUUGUAAAUACUAUGGCUGAUCAACGAAGUGUCCCUAUUGGUCUCUCACUUCCUAAUUAUGAAUGUAUGAUUAUUGAUGAACUUUCUCAACCAAUAUCCGUGGACCAAGAUGGCGAGUUAUUAAUAGGAGGAGUUGGUGUUUUUGCUGGGUAUUCGGGCCGUGAUGAUUUAACUGCACGAGCAACCGUUGUCAUCGAUGAUAAUAGAUUUUAUCAAACAGGGGAUCUUGUUCGAAUGGAUAAAAAUGGUCUUCUUCAUUAUAAAGGUCGAAAAGAUCACCAAAUCAAACUACAUGGACAGCGCAUUGAAUUAGGAGAAAUUGAGCGAUGUUUAUUACAAUCAUCCGUUUCCGCUUGUGUUGUUGUGAAAUUGAACGAUGAUCAUCUGGUGGCCUAUGUUCAAAGUUCUAAUGUUGAUGAAAAACAGCUACGUGAACAUUGUCAAUCUCAUCUACCACCUCACAUGAUUCCGUCGAAGUUUAUUGUGCUUGAAAAGCUGCCUUUGAACUCCAAUGGAAAGAUCGAUCGAAAACUGCUACCUGCACCAAACUUUGCAACUGCUGUCGAAAUUGAUCAUAUAGAUGUGAGUCCAUUGACAUCACUAGAAGAGCAACUGCUUAGUAUCUUCGCUCGAUCAUUUCAUCAUGAAUGUCGAAAUCCUAAUAUGUCUUUUGCCGCAUUGGGUGGUACAUCAUUGGAUGUGAUUCGUGCAGUAGCUUUAAUUCGUCAAGAAUUAUAUAGUGGCUUCGAAUUUCAAUGCUUAGUAAGCAAUCCAUCAGUGCGGGAACUGGCUCGAAUACUUCAGCCUCUUGUGGUUGCACCCGAAGAAACAACUUUGGUAUCAAUGUCUCCAUCAUUGGCAGAUAACCAUAAUCGACCAUGUCCAUCACUAUUUAUUGAAGCAAUCGGUAUUUUGGUGCUGAUGUAUCAAUGGUUCUAUCCGAUUUGGUGGGCGUUUCAGUCAAGUCACUGUUUGGUAGUUUUUAUUGUACCCAUCAUCCAUCUCUUGUUGUACAUCGUAUUUCAACGAUUACUGUUUGGACUUGGCGAGCAGUUAUAUCAGAAAGAUACUCUUUACUCGUGGCGUUAUUAUAGAUGGUGGUUUUUGGAGCGAUUAUGGUCAAUUAAUAACGCCUACUGGUUACAACAUCUUGUUGGAACUCCAUUUUACAAUUUGUAUUUACGAUGGUGUGGUGCUCGCAUAAGUCGUCAUGCACAUAUUUAUACAACACGAAUUGACACUCCAUGGCUGCUGGAGGUCGGAGAUUUCACUGUCAUUAAUAGCGAGACUAUGCUCUCUAGUAUGUCAUAUCAAGAUCAAACUUACGAACUUCAUUCAAUUGUCGUUGGAUCACAUUGUUCCAUCGAUACGCGAUGUAUGCUUUAUAACGGAGUCAACGUCUCAGAUCAUGUGCAUAUUAAAGCUAUGUCCGCAGUUACAGGUUAUGUAGCAGCUGUAAAUGACUAUAAAUCUCCCAAGAGCAACUCUUUGUCAUAUGGUCAUAUUAUUUAUCAACUUAUCUGUCUUGCAUGCCUUAUUUUGAUCCAUAGUUGUUUGUUAAGAGUAACUUAUUAUGUUUAUCAGUACUGCUUAACUUUCUACUUCCCAUUAUCCGUUAGCCUGGCAGUUGGCUAUCUUUUCUGGAUGAUAACAAGUUUAUUAGUUACCAUUGUGUUAUUAAAAUUUGUCGUUGGUCAUGUCCUUAGAAGAAAAUGUUCAUUGAAUUCCUAUUAUUAUCUCCAUAAAAUAUGGUUGCGACAACUUAUCAUAACUUCAUUUCAUCAGGCAUUCCAACUUUUGCCUACAUAUGAGAGAUUAUUUUUGCUUCUUCUUCGCUGGUUAGGUGGUCAGGCUGAUGAUGAUGUAAAAGUAGCCGAAGUGGUACCUAUUUUACGCUUUCCGUCAAAUCUUCUUAGAAUUGAACGUAGUGUCACAAUUUUCUCUAGAGUAAUGCUUGCUCCAUUUGAAAUGAUAGAUGAAGUUGAUUGUUAUUUUGAUUAUAUUUCCCUUGGGCCGAAUUCGAAUCUUGGUAACGGAUGUACACUAAUGCCAGCUACACAACUUCCAUCCAAUACGAUGAUCGGUAAUCUAACGAGGGUUAUACGAGAAACAAAUAAUUCCUCUGGGGAUGGAGUAUGGCUUGGCAUUCCAGCUCAACGUAUGCCCUUUAUAUUACCCGAAAAAGUAUCACCAGUGAACGAUUUAACGUUUCAUGAUUUUACACCUAUAUAUAGCUUUGUGCAAAUUUGUCUCAACUUUCUGAUCAGUCAUUGUCUAUUAAUCACUCUUUACGUCUCAAUGCCUCUUUUUUUCACUAUAAUUGUGCACCUAAUUCUCUACUGCUUGUUCUAUCGUGUCUUAUUUAUACGUGGUUGGUUCAGCGGAGCUACUGCCUCUAGCAGAGUUGUUCUUUUCAUACAAACAACCUUUUCUAUCAUUAUGAGCAGAUUUAGCAUUUUCAUUACUCCGUUCUUAUCACGAUCGCAGUAUCUUGUUUUUCUUUUCCGACUAUUGGGUGCUCGAAUUGGGUACGAUGUUGUUCUACCUGACAUUGAUUGUCUCUCUGAGCCUCAUUUAACAACUAUUGGUAACUAUGUUCGUUUGGCUUCAGACGCUCACAUACAGUGUCACACAUUUGAACAGCGUCUACUUAAACUAGCGCCGGUUACUGUGCACGAUUCAAGUGUACUGGAAAGCUUCUCUAUUGUACUCCCCGGAUCAAUAUUGCAUGGACAAAAUCAUCUACUUCCAUUUACUCUUGUGAUGAAGAACGAUCAAAUACCAUUUAAUACGACAUGGUCAGGUAUACCAGCACAAAAAAGAUGUUGA